GUUUUAUUUCCCCAUGCAGAGUCUCUCUGCCACUUUGGUACAUCAUCCCUGGAGGAACAUUCAGAAUUUGGAAGAUUAAUUUAUACUGGAAAUUUAUCAAAAACUGUAUUAGAAGUGAGAAUUUUCUGUGUUAUCACCUGUAUACUUGCUACUUCCGUGUUGCUUGGUAUCAUAUUCAAGUUUGGCUUAAAUGUUGACAAACUCCACUUGGAAAUUGCUCUUUACAGUGUCACACUACUCUUUAUUUUCCUGAUGCCACUUCUCUUCCAUUUAAUUACCAAGAGAUAUGUCAUCCGGCUGUACCAUAAAGCUAAAAUAGAGACAUACACAGCAAUUACAUACAGUGGUAUUUUGAAAGAAAGGGAAACUGUAUUCCAUCAAAAGGAUGUAACUGUUCCAGACAUCAGCAAAAUGUUCACAACAUUUUAUGUUCACAGAAAAGCAAUGCUUGUUAACCCAUUCCUUUUUCAUUAUCCUCAAGACUACAACCAUCUUAUGGGCUAUGACAAAGCCUCUGAGUUUGAUUUGAAAGACUCAAAAGACAAAUAAAAUUCUAAAAUGUCAAAA